AUGAUUCGCAGGGGCGCUGCAGUCGAAUCCCGCGCAUUGUCGAGUUCUGUUUUGAUUCGAAAUACGGUGGUGGAUUAAAACGUGUGGAAUAAACAAUUCGUAUAAUUCGUCCGAGGACUGUACAUAUUUCCGAGGCAGAAACAGUGUUCACAAGUGUCGGUGAUAAUAAGUUUGUGCGCGUUAACUGCGAGCAACAACGAUGGCAGGACAAAUUCCAGAGGGUGUCAUCGAGCAACUUUCCGAAACUGUAAGAAGUAUGCAAAAAUCCUUGGAAUGUACAAUUUGUUUAGAAAUGAUGACAGAGCCUACAAAGACACGAUGCGGUCAUUCAUUCUGUAAGUCAUGCAUAGGGAAGGUUUUGACAAAGAAAGGUGCAUCUUGUCCGCUAUGCAAGAAAAACCUCAAUAGACGCAAUAUUUCCAAGGAUGAUCACUUGGAAGCUUGUAUUGAAAAGGUUACAAACCUUAUCAUUGCCAUCCAAAUCGAUAGUCAUAUAGACAUAAUGUCAUACUCGAAGCAACCGCAAGAUACAAAAGAAAGUUGCCCUUUGGCUACUAGUCAAUCUAGUAGAGAUUCUAACGAUAGAAAGCCGUUGAAACAGUGUUUGAAAACAGCAAAAUCGUCGACACGUCAAAAAACGGUCAUUGAUAAUCUGCGAUAUGGUUUAAGCUCGUUGAACGAGGAAGCCAAACAAUUAUAUAGUAAUUCUGCCCAUCCCGCCGACGAGAUUCUCAGCAGGUCUGAUAUCAAAGUUCGCACGUGGUUGCAUCAUCUCCCCGAUGAUAUUAUAGAAAACAACGACAAUUUAAUAUCCAAUAGAGAUAAUAUAUUAGACGCGACCGACGAAAUACAUAACGACAAGGACAAUAAGGGCAACAGGCCAAGUCGCCUUAAAAAACAGAGUACAGAUUGUACAGACCACAUCGACGAGGAUACAGAUGCAUCCCGGAUAAGCAAGAACGCGAGAGCGGAGCAAUUCGACGAAGUAAAAAAGACCAACUCCGCGAAGACGAGUAAAUUGAAAUAUAAAAUGACUCACGCUAGGAUACGAGCAAAAACUCAUAAGGACGAUGCGUCGAAAUCGAGCGUCGAGGAGACGAACGAUCAGAACAAUUUAUCAUCAACAGCAGCAAACGAUCAGAUGCAUCAGAUGACCAAUGAUUCGAUUUCGAACGCGGUUACCCUUCCAUCAUCUUCAACAGAUUGGACUCACAUUAUCGAAUUCGGCAAAGAAACAAAACGCGGUAGAAAAAGAAAGAUGAAGAAGCUGAAUGUGAGCAUCGAGAAGAAUAAGGAUCCACCAAGAAUAAUUGAAAAUGUUGCGUUAUCGCAGAGUAAGAAAUACGAUCUGGCUAAAAUUGCAGUGAAUUCUAGCAUGAGCAAAGAAAAGAAUAGUCAGAAACAGGAUGCUAUCGAUAAAAAUCUGGAUUCAUCGAAUGCAGAAAUAAGAUCAUUUAGCGAAACGGACAUUCAUAAGAAAUCUGCAGAGAGAGGAGCAAAGAACGAAGCUAAUGAUUCAACAGCAUUAUUUACUAAUUCGCCAGAAACGCCGUUGUUUGUAAUGUUGGAGGAAGAAGGUAAACGAAUACCUAUAAUAAAUCUGACCAACAAUCAGGUAAGCAAUAUUGUCGGCGCCAAAAACGUUAACAAGGAUUUUCAAGCUUCUCAAAAUCGAUGUCAUGAAGAAGAUGUAGAGAUGACCUCAGAAGAUUAUAAUUUGUUACCGUCGUCAUCAAAAAGAUUAACGCCCAAGAAAUUCAACAAAUCUAUAAACAAACAUAUGGAAAAAAUCCGCGAUAUUACGCAAGCUUCUGUCAACGACUUUGAAAAUUUAUCAUCGUUCGUCACGGCGGAAAAUCAAACUCCUGAACCUGAAGAGAAUAACAGCAUUCGAAAGACAUUGGGAGAAGCUGCUUCUUUUCAAGUCCCGCAAUCUCCAAUAUCGAAGACUAGAUUAUCCUUGAAAAGAAAGCCAGGAAUUGGUGAUAACAAGAAAACUGAUUCUCCACCGUUAAGUAAUACUUUAUUGGCUGAGAGAUUGGCGAUUAUCACGAAAGACAUGGAUGAUCGUAGAAACGUCGAUUUUUCGAUAUCGAAAGACAGUGUCGUGAAAUUUCUUCAAAUGGGCACAAUGAUUAGACGACGUAAUGUGAAAUACUUUUCUUUCAGUGCGGUUAAACGCGAACAGUCGAUGCCGGCGCAAAUGCAAAACACAUCAGUAUAUAAUAUGCAGCAAUCGAUCAGCAAAUCCGAGAUGAAGCAAUGUAUCGGGAAUAUGUCAUGCAACUUGGUGGGAAUCCCUGAUCGAUCGAACGAGCCGCAAGACAUGAUCGACAUCAUUAUGAUGGAGGAUAUUGGUUCCGUAAUUCAAGCUGUUUCGAAAGACGCCAAACUUCCCACGGCAUCUCCGCGUCGUAAAGUUUUAGCGACUUCGACGCCAAAAAAAGAUAUCGAUCAUCAUUUAAAUCGAAAGAAGACUACGACGAUCGAGGACGCUACUGAGAAAAGCGCGGAAUCUGUUCAUAAGACGCCUUCCAUAGACAACUCCGCGAUUCAAGGGAUCUCGCGUGUUCAUUCAAGAGCAUUGAAUUCCAUUAAACUGCUGUCACCGGACAAAGAUUCGCAGCUGAAGUUUCUGGCGAUAGACUCCCCAAUGAGCGAACACGGAGAAUCUAGACGCGCGAAUUCAACGCGGCAACGACAGCAAUCUGAGCUCGAGGAGCUCGUUCAUACCAAAGGAAAUAACUUUUCUACGAUGAAAAAUUCGCACUUUGCAGCGUCCACGAGCAAAUUGCAGGAGCCUUUCGUCGAAAACUCCGAUAAGAAGAGGGAAAGAAUGAGAUAUACCAGUGACAAAGAACUGUUCAAGGACGAUGGAAACGACGAUUCCAGCGACUCGGCCAGUGACAGUGAUAGACGCAGGAUAAAACUUGACGGACACAAUAGAUCAUUCAAAAACAUCAGAUCGAGUUUAGAAGGUGCGAAUAAAAAACGUCAUUCGAGUUCCUCGAACGUAACCGAAGUAAUCCCCCUGGAUUGUGAGGAACAGCAUACACCCAAGAGGAAAUUCAAGAGGGUGCUAUCGACUUCUAUCUCGGACACGGAAUUGGAAUCGGCGGAGCAUGUCGUGAAAACUUUGAAAAGACCCAGGACCGACGAUCAAUCUGACCAACAGAACGCAUCGAUUAUGGACGCGCCUAAGGAAAAAUGUUUGCCAAUAAGAUGUCCGUCUCAGGAAAAAUUGAAGAGUCAGCGACAAUCUGUGAAAAGCUUACCACUGCGAGAAUCUGAUAUAAUCUUUGAAAGCAGUAGUAUGUUCAAUUCAGAAAAUAUUGACGAUAUAUUACAGCAGCCUAUGAGGCUCAACAAGAACAAAAUAUCGGAAAAAAUCGCAGAAGCCUCUAAUGACGAUAUCAUAAAUAGAGUACUACAGAUUAAUCGAUCACAGAGCCAUACUAAUACAUGUCGACCACUGAAUUCCCCACGAAACAAGGAGAGUCAAAAAGAAAAGACCAGCAAAGAGUGUUUGCUACAGGACAAUUUCGACGAGAUCAUCGCAAACGUCGAGCUGCCACAAAGUAACGAGGAUAUGAUAGCCUGUACCAACCAGCCGACCAACCGCAAUCUCAAAUCUCGCCUGUUGGUGAAACAGAGGACGUCGAACUGUCCUGAGAUGACAGAUGAAUUGUGUGGCGCCACGCAGGAGACUCCAAUGUUAAGUGCAUCGUCAACGAACGAUAUUUUUGAGCAGCAGUCUCUCAAAAACGUUAAGAAACCCUCGACGAUCGCCACUUUAGAAAAUCUUGGCAAGGAAAAUGUUGCAUCCUCCGGCCAAAAGAGGCACGACUGUACAGUUGAUCGAAGAGAGAAGAGAAAUGUAAUGGCAAACGUCGACACAAUUGAAAAAGAUUCUUGCAGAAGGAUUGCGUCAAUGCAUAAUGUAUCGUCUGAGAAGGAAAAGUUCUUCGAUGAAUCUUCCCCUCCUGCACGACAUAUUAAUGAUUCGAUAUCUCAUGUCGAUGAUGGCGCAGAGAAAAAAUCAAAAAUUGUCGACGACGAGCUAAACUUGACAAUGGACAAUUGCUUCGAUUCGCUCAUGGAUGUUACGCAGCAUCAACUUCAGAUGCAAAAAUUUGAAGAAGAAUUAUUCAGUAGCCCUAAGUCUAAUAGAAACCAAGGAAGAACGCAGAAGAAUCCGUCCCAGGAGCAGCAGCACACUCCGCAGAAGAGGAAAAAACAUACUCAAGAUAACGCAGGAUCAGAGGUACUCUCUGCCGAAGAAGACGAUGUUGUGGAGAGAACUCCCGAGAGAAAGAUGAAGAAUAACGGAGGUAAUGUUAAACUCCUCGAGUCGAGAAGAAAUACAUCACAUUUAUCGCUAAAUUCAAGGCCACACUUAUCAGUCGUCGAGCAGAUAUCGAGCAUAUCGAACAAAAGGACCGUCUCGAAGAGCGGUGCGAGUACGCCUAUGAAGGAAAUACAUCCGCUUUAUCAAAGUACACCACAAAGUUCCACGAAGAAAAAACUGGAGAAUGUUCACCGGCAAUCCGAUAGACGAAAACUGUGUUUCAUAUGUAGCGGCUUAUCAGCGUCUAUGUUAGCGACUGUCAAAGAGUUCGCGACAAAACAUAAUGCAGAUUAUAUGAAUCAGUUUGUACCUGAUGUAACGCAUGUUAUCAUGAGUACGAUAGGCGAGAAGAGAGCGGCCAAAAUCACAUUGAAGUUUCUUCAGGGUAUAGCUUACAGAAAAUGGAUAGUCAGCUACGAGUGGAUCGAUGAUUGUAUCAAGCAGGGAAAACUGCUGGACGAAACUCCUUAUGAGGCCACAACGUUCAACAACGAUAUAGUUGCCUCAAAUGGUCCUCAAAAAUCAAGGCUACGCGAGAAUGAUCUCUUUAAGGAUUUUACGUUUUACUGCAUCGGACCAUAUGCGAAUGUUUCGCUGAGCCAAUAUCAGAGCUUGUUACUCGCCACUGGAGCCACAGUAGUAGAUUCUCUUGAAGCUCUGGCUAAGAAGAAAGGCCUAAAAGGCAUUGUGAUUCAAGACGGUGUUCAUGAUGACAAGAAAAUCGAAUGUUGGUAUCGAAUUGUUAAAGCAGCGCCGAUUUCUGACAAUUGGAUAGUGGAUUGCAUCGGCCAUUACAGAUUGAUUAAACUUGAAUCUUAUAUUCAGCAUUUAUCACCACAAGACUUGUAUGCCAUUGGUUUUUCACAAGAACUUGUAAAAGAUGAAGAGUUGAGUGACGAUGAGGAGUAAAGGUAAUUGACAGAAAACAGAAACGAGAUUAUUAAAUAAUUGAUCGCUGGAUUAAUUACUUGUUAAUAAAUUUAACUACCAUUUAUUAUUUCAACGAAACAAGUAGUAUUCGUUUAAGAGAUUUACGUACAUAUUUGUAAAUUUAAUUCUCCUCGAUAUCUAUCGAUAGUAUUAACAGAUUUCGUUAUAUGCAAAUUAUAUAUAUAUAUAUUAUUUCCAUCUUCCUAUAUUUUAUUAUCGUGUACAAUAUACACGCUUACAGAUGUUAAAAGUUUUUUUUACUAUUUAUUCA